AUGUUGGGGUGGGGUAAGAGUUGGGCGAAGAAGGUUUUAUUUCCUGGUCCUUUUCUUGGCCAUCUUGCUGCUCAGGAACCCCGGUCACAGAGCCAGUGGCCUCAGGAUCAUCAUAACGAGGCAGUGACUCAGUCUCAAGGGAAGUCCUUCCAAUCCACAAUGCUACCAGUCAGAGGACGUGUAUUCAAAAAUGGGUGGUUGAAGACCUGCCCAGACGCAGAAAAAGAAGACCUUUGCCCUUCGAAGGCCGAUAAACCCACGUUUGGAAGCAUCAAUAAGAUAUCGUUAGGUGUCCCAAAGCCUCCUAGUCUCUUCCUGGCCUGGCCGCCCAUGAGGAUCGGUUGUCGUGCUAUUAUGCGGUCGAGCGGAAAAAAGCCCAAGAGCUCCCCACGCGGGGACCACCUACACAGGCAUACAGCUGCGCACCAGACGGGUGGAAAAAGAAAGAGCGCCUGUACACAACAUAACAAAGCUUAA